AUGGCUCAAAAUUUUGGGAAGAUCCCUUCACAUAAAUCUUAUGUGUUGAGUUUGUAUAGGACCGUUCUCAGAAACAUUCCAAAGUAUUGCCACUCAUAUGCGUUUCAAUAUGAACUUAAAAAAAACCUUGCAAAACAGUUGAUCAAACAUAAACACGACAAAUCAAGUUGGAGUGUUUAUAUUUUACUCAAUGAAUUUAGUUUGUUAAACGAUUACCUUUUGGAAGGUAAGCUAUGUGAAAUCAAAAACUUGAUGAAGCCAUUGAAAAGGACGGCAAAACAACUGAAAACAACGAAGAUUCUCAACUCAUUGAAUACCUUGGGGGAUGACAACGCUCAAAGCCCAGAGGAAGUCAGAAAACAUCAUGUACUAAGUACUUACAUUAAACGAAGACAGAAUUUAGGUCUUUUACCGGCCUACAUACCAAAAAAGUAUAAGCACAGCCUACUGUUACCAUUGGCAUUGAAUGACCAUGCAUGCCUGAAUUUGUUUCACGUUCAACAAAAAUUGGAAAAUGGCCCUCCAUCUGCUAGGCUGUCAUAUACAAAAGAAGGAAGGAAUCAAAUAUGGUUUGUCCGGUCGCCAAUUAACAAGGGAAGGCAACAAUCGAAAAAGCUGGGAACAUUGAUACGACAGGAAAGAAAAGAUUCUCAGAAAAAUAUCGACAACCUCAAUAUUUGCGAAAUUAAUGCUACAUGGGCACUACAUGAAGCCAUUUGGGAGGAAUACCUAGCGUCUAAAAAGAUUAUCAAAUUAAAUUUGCCGAAAUACUUGGAUUACACUGCGAAUAUUUCAAAAUCUACUAAAUAUAAUCCUGCAAAUCAUAAUCAAAAAAUUAAAGAAUGGGUAGAUCCCGUGAGAGAAAUAAUGUUCAAAUUGCAAUCCAAAAGUUUUCAAAAAGUUGAGUACUUUGACAAAUAUAAGGAAAAGCUUUUAAGGAAAGAUGGUCAACUAGCACAUUUUGAUAAAAUGUCAAAAGAAAUGUAUGCCAAACGGUUGAAACUUUUCAAAAAAAUGACUGAAGAAGCAUUACCAUAUGUGACACUCUUCAUAGAAAAGAGAGACCUGCAAAGUGUUUUGGCCAAGUACGGUUUUUAA